AUGCCACUGUGCGGACUUGUCCCAAUCACACCCCCCUCGGGCAGAUCAAAUUAUCUUGUGAUUGCGGGAUUGGAGCACUGUACAUCGCGGGCCGCGUCUUAUCUCUCGGGCCUUUGUCAUGUCUGUUCUGCUCCUCCACCUUCUUCAGCUCAGCCCUCUUAUCUCUUCAGCCUUUGCUUCAUCUCUAGUAUGGCAUCCAGCAGAAGCCAGAAUGGGAUUCAACUCUUACUAGCCGCUGAGCAAGAAGCUCAGCACAUAGUAAAUGCUGCUAGAACUGCAAAGCAAGCCAGAUUGAAACAAGCAAAAGAGGAGGCUGAGAAGGAAGUUGCUGAGUUUCGUGCCCAAAUGGAGGUCGAUUUCCAGAGGAAGCUUGCGGAGAGUAGUGGGGACACAGGUGCUAACGUCAAGCGCCUUGAACAAGAAACUGAAGCAAAGAUCCAACACAUUAAGACAGAGGCUUCUAGGAUCUCUCCUGAUGUUGUCUCCAUGCUUCUGAGGCAGGUCACCACGUUGUUUCCAUUUGUUAUGAAAUAA